AUGCGAAGUUUCAGCACGGGACGGGCAACAAAUCGGCUUCUUGGGAGUUUAUUGUGGACCAAACGCUCCUUCUGCUCUGUCGGCAAAGCUCUGACUCAUAAUGCAUCUUUCUCAUCUGCUCUUCUGCAUUCUCAGGCAGAGACACCAAGCGAGUCUAUACGGGACAAUAUCAUAGAGAGUGAUAACCAUACAAAUAAGAUCCUCAUACUUAAACCGGAGGACACUGAGGACAAGAAAUUUAAUAGGCUAGUGGAAGAUGUUAACGCGAGGCAGCUUCGAGCAGAAUCGAAGCGGUUGUCACCUUAUUCUAUCAUCAAAGAGGACUUAUUAAAUGAUUCGAAACAGUCUUAUAUCCGAUCUAUUGAUGAGUACCGACCACCUAAAUCAUCAGUGACCUUGCUGCGCUACAAUAUAUUAUUGAAGGGUUUGGUUAGUUCCUUCACUAAGUCCCAAAUAAUUGACUAUAUCAAUGUAGCUUACAGCAAUUCGAAUUUUAGACAGAAAAGAAAAGGCUUGUCAAAUAAAAACAAGAAAGGCUUGGCGCAGAUAGUAAUAGAGGAUUUAUGGCUAGUGAAGAAACUAGAUAAGUCAACAUCUUUAGAUGAUUUGUACGUCAAGAAAUCAGUCAAAUUAGCCCAUAGAGAUUUAUUUUUACUAGUUCUGGAAAAUGGCUUAAUAAUCCAGUAUCUUUCUAGGGUAGGUGUUGAUAUUGGUUUUGAUCCAAAGUUAAAUGAAAUUCAAUUUACUGGUACCGAAUCGCUGGUUAAUAAUGCUGAAAUUAUUUUAAGCGCAAUCCUUGGAAAUUGUUAUAAAGAAGAACUUAAUUUAGGAUCUAUAAAACGAUUAUUUCUUGAAAAAUAUAAUCAAUUUCCUUUGGAUUACAUAGGAAAAAUGACAGAAGUGUUCUUUAAACAUCUUGAAAAUGAUAAUUAUGAGUUAAUAAGUUUGAAUAUCAAUCAGAUUAGACGCUGCAAACGAUUACUUUUAUGGUUAUUGAAUUAUAAUCAACAUUCCAAAGAAAAGUUGAAAGUUCCAAAUAUUAGACAAGGGACUUCGCUCUUACCUUAUAAAGAUGACGAUUCAUUAUCCUGGGAUAAUCGGCAUAUUGAUUUUUUUACAUUAAGAAGCGAUUCUAUCAGCAUUACUGAUAACGAAGCAUUGAGAGAGGACUUGGACAAGUACUCAGAUUUGAAUUUAACAAACGAUGACAUGGGAUUUGAUAAAAUCAUAGAAGACUCGAAAAUAUCUUCGUUCCAAAAUAUGAAGGAUGCAAGAGAUUUGGAAAAUGAAACUUUAAAUGUGUUGCAAGACCUAGGGUUUUCCCUCCCCGGAGAAAUUGAAGAGGAUUCAUCGAACUUAAAUAGGGAUGAAGAGCUGACUCUGGAGGCUAAGAGAUCUAUGCCUAAAAUUGCUUCGAUUGAAAAAGAGACCCUCGGGCCACGAUUGAGAUUGUCAAUCAAAGAGAAGGAUGAAAUCUAUUCCUUUCUUGCCGACUUUGGUUAUCGUGAAUAUUUAAAUGGUCUUGAGAGUGAUAAACUCAAUAAUCCUAUAUUUACAGUUACACCGGGGCUCAUAUUAUUUCAAAACGAUAAGCAAGAAAAUGGAGACGACAACGUCAUACCUCUGCCUGCAAAAUUGGAGUGUAUGCCCUAUAAAUUCACUUCACAAGUUUCGCUUAUAAAUGAUAAAGUUUUAACUUUUCCUUUGUAUGAUAGCAAUCUCCUCACGAACGAGGAUUUCAACAAGUUUUUGGAUAGUGACCCUCAUAAUUAUACUAUUCAGAUGAAAUUCUUGCCUACCCCAUUCAAUGAAGCAACACUAGAUAAGGAAAAAAUAAAAUUUCCACCAAUUGAAAUUUGGAUUGAUCUCAAUUCAAGAGGGAAGCCUGAUCUAGAAACUAUUAAUAUUGUCACUGUGGAGGGAGAAAAUAAUUAUUACGUCUCUGCUCCCGAAUAUAAGGCAGACUUUAAGGUCUGUUGCCAGAUAUCUGGUGAUAUUUUAAGUGGUGACGACUUCUCUCAAGCUAAAAAAGUAGACGAAACUGAUUUACUUAGUGUUUUGAAUUCUACAACUUCCAAGUAUUCCAAAUUUGAAUCACAGCCAGGAAUUUCAAAAUUUUUGGCCGAGUCGGUGCUAGACUUUGGCGGUAAAGUUGCUCCAUCGAUUUCACCGUCUAUUGACCUUAUUAUAAAUGGUCAAUCUGUGAAGUAUCAUUAUAUUAACGUUUCAUACAGGAGGCAAUUAGAUUUAAGCUUCAAAAAUGAAAAAGGAGAUGAGAAGUUAGUUCAAUUCAAUGUGGUUGAGGGUGGAUCUCUUGGAGGAAGAAAGCUUGAAGUGAACUUAGUUGGUAACUUGAAUGAAAAUUUAGAUAGACAAGCUUUUUACGAUCUUCUUGAUGACGCAUCAGAUCUAAUCAGUCAAUUGUAA